AUGUCUAGAUAUGUACCGCCCCACCGUAAGCGAGUAGAUGAAACGGAUAUUCAUGAUAUGUCUAAUGAAGCCGCCCAACGUGAGGCUUGGCAAGCUCUUAGUCGUAGUAUCACUGGUAUUAUUAACCGCGUAAGUGCUGAUAAUCUCCAAGUGUCUGUGACGGAACUUUUUCGUGAGAAUAUUAUACGUGGUCGUGGUCUUUUAUGUCGUAGUAUAAUGCGAGCUCAAUUAGCAGAUCCAGAUUUAACAAAUGUCUUUGCUGCUCUUGUAAGUUGUGUAAAUAAGGAAUUCUCCGCUAUUGGUUUAUUAUUACUAAAGCGAUUGAUUAUUCAAUGGUGGCGGUUUUAUCGUCGUAAAGAUUGGACUGCACUUCGAUCUGUGAGUCGUUUUUUGGCUUGGUUGUAUAUAUUUAACGUUCUUGACGUAGAUGUUAUUUAUCAAAUUAUUCUCACACAUCUUACUUCUGGAAGUUCCUCUGAUGAUGAUAAUAAUGAGGGAAAUAAUAAUAUUAAUAAUAAUAAUAAUAAUAAUAAUAAUAAGGAUGAUGAUAUUGAUCAAGCAACGGCACUUUUUCGAGAAACCUUUCGAUCCAUGUCUCAACGUAAUGUCGCUGAAUUUCAUGAACACGUCUUAACACCUAUUCGAGAUAUGUUGGCAAUGGACAGUGAUGCCUGGCGACUUUCCCCACGAGCCCAAACUCUAUUAGAGUCUUGUCUACGUGAAGUACAAGAGUGGGAACGGGUAAAGUUCACCACAGAAAUUAUCCCACCAUCUUUAUUAUUAGUAGAAUUAAAUGAACAGAAAUGUCAUUCCGAUUUGGAUUUAGAAGAAGGUCCUAAAAUGAAUGCAGAAGAGAAAUUAGAUCGAUUUGUAUUGGAUACGGAGUAUGAAGCUCAUGAGGAAGUGUAUGAAACGGCGAGAAGAGCUAUUUUGGGUGAAAAUUGGGAAACAGAAUUAUUAGAACAAGUAGCCGCCGCAGAAGAAGCAGAUGAAGAAGCAGAAGAACAAGAACAAUAUCAACAACAACAACAACAAUAUCAACUACAACAACAACAACAACAACAAGAAAAUGGGGUUUCUGCAGAGACACCGAAACAAUUUAUUAAUGAACAUGAUCGACAAGUACGGAAAGAAGUUUACAUGGCUUUACGCAGUAGUGUUCGUGCAGAUGAGGUUGUACAUAAAAUUCUCAAAACCAUGCAACCACAAACAGAACGAACGGUGUGUUUUAUGGUGAUUGAGGGAUGUUGUGAAGAGUCUUCCUAUAAAAAUGUAUAUGGAAUGGUAGCAGAACGAUUAUGUAAAAGUAAUGCGAAAUUUCAAGGAUUUUUUGCUGAGGCAUUUCGAUUACGAUAUGAAAAUGCAGAAGAUUUGGAAGAGAAACAGAUUGAAUAUACUUGUAAAAUCUAUACCCAUUUACUUCGAACCAACUCUAUUCCAUGGCAUAAGUGUCUGUAUGUUUUUGAUAUUGUUAACAGUAAUGUUUCUCAACGUCUUAUGAUUCAAUGGCUUUUACAAGGAUUAGUAGAGACACUUGGAAUGCGAACGGUACGGGAACGGUUUGAAAAGGAUAGAGAACUACGAUCUAGUACAACGAAACUAUUUCCUAUUGUUGGAGCUGCAGAAGAUAUGUUGGAGUGGUCUGUGAAUAUGUUUGAAGCGAUGGGUGUUGGGGAAUUGGGAUCUGGACUGCGGGCUCGAUUGGAGGAAUUACGAAAUAUGAGAAGAGGAACUCAUAUGAAUAGCAACAAUAAUAAUAAUAAUGAUGGUGGUAGUAGUGGUGGGAAUCUACAUAAGAAACGUCCACGAGAUAAUAUGAUGGAAUACGUCUAA